GCAUUUCUCCUCAACGCGAUCGCGACGAAGUGCAGCGGACCAGAGCCAUGCAGCGCAGCGCCAGCCAUGAACCUUCCGUAUGGCAGAAGCGUAAGAUGGGCUUCAUCAUGGGGGCAGGUGUGGGUUUGACGACGGGGUUCAUCUUUGGGUCGUAUACUAUCCUUCGAGGUGGUGCCGGCCCGCGCGGUGCGCUCUCGACGCUGUCGCAGUACAUGCUCGCUAGUGGCGGCAUGUUCUCCUUCUUCCUGGCCGUCGGCUCGGUUUUGCGGAACGACUCUGCUAUCGACUUCCCCGUCCAUGGUCGCGUGCCGGUCCAUAUCUCCCCAGCAGCGAUUAUGCGGGAACGCUGGGAACAGGACAGACGUAGCAGGUCCUGAACAUACCAGUGCUUGUUCACCUUGUUGACGCCUUCCGACGGCGCCUACCCAUCUACUUUCGAGUACAUAACUGCUCUGAUCUCAACUCCUAAUGGCAUAUUGUAGUAUAUUCGUUCAUCUCUCCACUACAUCCGUCAGCGUCAGCCUUGUUGCGACUACUGUAGAGCACAACUCCCAUGGCAGCAGUUCCCCCACAUACGUAUACGCAGGCCCAGAUGCUGGACCGGGACGUACCGAUGACGUCGAAGUGCCUCCCGGCAAACGCCGAUACCAGGCCACGCGUGGUUGAACUUCAACACUCGAUCCUUGUCUUCGGCCGCAUA